AAUUGACGAUCGGUUGCUUGGCGGUGACACAAGCGGGAAGUAUGGCGGCCACAGAGGGAGCGAUGAUCGUUGAUCCCGCUCUUCAAAUGUCAAAUUACGAAGGUCCUGGAGUACUGGACCUUUCGAACCAGGGUCUUCACAAACUGGAUUCAACGUUUCUCUGUCCAGCGGGGACACAAACUCUCAUUCUGGACCAGAAUCACAUCAUUAAACUGGAACACCUGGAGAGAAACGAAGAUCUUCAGCAGCUGUCUGUGGCCUGCAACCGUUUAGUGCGUAUGAUGGGCGUAUCAAAGCUUACACACUUACAAGUGCUGAACCUGCCGAACAACAGCAUCGGAUAUAUUGAGGGCUUGAAGGACCUGGUUCAUUUGGAAUGGCUCAAUCUCGCUGGAAACAAUAUAAAGGUCAUCGAGCAGUUGAGCGGCUGUGUUUCUCUUCAACAUCUCGAUCUGUCAGACAACAAUAUUUCUCAAACUGGAGACCUCACAAAGCUUUCGACUUUGAAGACACUUCUCCUGCAUGGAAAUAUGAUCACGACUCUGCGAACCGUUCCUGCUCAUCUCCCGUCGAGUCUUACGGUCCUGUCUCUGGUUGAGAAUGAGAUUAGAGAUCUCGCUGAGAUGUCAUAUUUAGCACCUCUACACAGCCUCGAGCAGCUGUCAGUCAUGAGUAACCCUUGUGUGAUGGCCACCCCGUCUGUGCCCGGCUGUGAUUAUCGGCCAUACGUGGUGAGCUGGUGUCUGAAUUUAAAGGUGCUGGAUGGAUAUGUAGUGUCACAAAAAGAGGGACUAAAAGCUGAAUGGCUCUACAGUCAGGGGAAAGGUCGAAUGUUUCGCCCUGGGCAGCACGCCCAGCUGGUUCAGUAUCUGGCCUCCACAUGUCCGCUGACGGCCACAGCUGCGCUACAAUCUGCAGAGGACGCUAAACUUGAAAGAAUUCUCAGCAAACAAAGACAGCAUCAGCGACAGUUGCAACAAACAUGGCGCUGCGCUUCCCCGAGCCCGUCUCGACCCACACAUCUAGACGUGCAGCGGCAGAGGCAUGUACACAAGACUGCAAACGCAGAUGAGGUGGCUGAUGAUGUCAUUGCUCAAGCAGAUGCGGACGCAGGAAUUCAGGUGAACAUGUGGGUCGGUGCUGCGCAUUCACCUGCGAUCGCUGUCGCUCGCCCCCUGCCAGCAGCUGCAGAGGCUUUGGUUCUGCAGGACGUGUCAGAAGAGGAGAAGUUUCAUGGCAAUCCGCUCUCUUCUGAGUCUGCCUUUUUGCUCUUUAACGCUUCGGUUCAGCCUCCUUCAGCUCCUGACAGCGGCGAGGACGAGUUUGAUGAUUCUUUGGCUCCGGCCGUGGCGGUUCAGUCCCGCCCGUGUGAGACGGAAUCUGGGAAAAUGGUCGAUACCUCAAUCGCCAAUCAUUCAGAUCGCCUCUCACAUGCCAAUAUCCAACCUGACAUUAACGGCGACGACAUGUGUGAGAACCAUACGCAGGAAGAUGUGGAUUUCAGCGGAAAACAGAAGGCGGCGGCAGUGAAGAUUCAGUCGUGGUGGAGGGGAAACUGGACGCGCCACAAUCACCCACAUGCCAAAGAAGUGCGCGGCGAGAUCCGCCUGCGCAGAAUGCAGGACUACAUCAUCCAUCUGAAUGGAGAACUGGAGAGACUGCGCAGACAACAUGAAGAAGAACGACUGCAGAGACUUGUGCAAGAAGAAGCUGUUAAGUUCCUGUGGAAGCAGCUCCAGGUCGUGCUGGAAUGGCAAGCGACAGUCAACCAGCAGCUCAGCGUCGUGCAGAAUUCUGCAUUGCAUCCCAGCGCUGCUCCUGAGAACUCCAUCUCUGAGUCUGGGUUUCAUUCGCCUGGUGAACGACAGGGGGCGCCGGAGAACAGCCUGAGCAGCACGGCAGGCUCUCCUGAGACAGUACGAUCUCUCGUUCCUGUGACACCACCUGCUGGAGACAGUCUGUUGGAAGAGUAUCUGUCAUCCGUACAGAGACAGGAGGAUGAAGAAGAGGCUAAAGGAGCGGUCGACAGGCCUUCUUCACCAUGUGACCUCUCUCCUAUCACACAUAAAGAGCUCUUUUUCUUACCUGGCGUGGACAGACUCGAGGUAGCUGAGAGUCACCAGUCUUAACCUGUUCCAGAGCUUGGACCUUAACUUCUUUAGCCUUGUUUAAUGUAACGUUUGCCGGGAGAGGUCAUCACAUGAACCUUUCUUUUCUUCAGCAGUGAAUUAAAUGAACACUUAUGUUUACAGUCUUUCAAGUACACAGAAUCUAGCCAGAGUGCCACUGUCUUCCAGCGCAUUGCAAGUAGACAUAUUUCUUUAUAUAGAUGUCGACUUCUCAGUCCAAAACACACAACCAAAAGUAGCCUUGAACUAUAGAAGGCCGUGUAGAUAAGCGUGAAUUAAUUUAAUAUCAAAGGAAUGAGAAUUUAUUUGAUGUAGUUAACCCAAUGAGAGUAAAAUAUCCUUUACUGUAAAUAUUCAGUGUUAAUUUAUUUCACAUUUUUAUUCAUUUGUUUUUCUAUGUCAGACAUUUUAAAAAUGCCCUUUUCAUAAAUAAAGGUUAACUGUAUUUAACCAA